AGGGGGACAGCGGGGGAGCACAAAGGAACAACAACAACAACAACAACAACAAGCACAACAACAAGCACCUCGGAGAAAAAACACUUUAAACUUCAACCUGUUGUGAUGUAAAAAAAAAAAAAAUAUAUAUAUAUUUUAUUUUUGCACCGCGGACAAAAGACGCGCGAGGAAUGUGAGCGAGCGGAGCGGAGCGGCACGCGCGCACCGCUGUCUCCGACCACCAGCUGAAGCUCGUGCACCCCGAGGCCCGGGCCUCCAUCUCCAGAAGGACGCCUUUCCUGUACACAGUCCUAAACCGACUCCAACAUGGGGGUCAAAACCUUCACCCACAACUCCACCUCCCACAGCCAGGAGAUGCUGGAGAAGCUCAACGCGUUACGCAACCAGGGCCACCUCUGCGAUGUCACCAUCCGGGUCCAGGACAAGCUCUUCCUGGCCCACAAAGUGGUCCUGGCCUGCUGCAGCGAGUUCUUCCGCUCCAAGCUGGUGGGCCGGCCCGACGAGGAGGACAAGUUUGUUCUGGACCUUCAUCACGUGACCGUCAGCGGCUUCGCCCCUCUGCUGGAAUACGCCUACACCUCCACCCUCUCCAUCAGCACGGAGAACAUCAUCGACGUCCUGGCGGCGGCGAGCUACAUGCAGAUGUUCGCCGUCGCCAGCACGUGUUCGGAGUUCAUGAAGUCCAGUAUCCUGUGGAGCCCCGGUAGCAACGGCAACAAUAACAACAUCGCUGCAGAUAAGCCGCACGAGUCGGCCCCAGAGAGCGCCUCGUCAAACUGUGCCCUGACGCCGUUGGACGGCAGCGUGUCCCCGGUGUCGUCGGACUGCAGCGUGAUGGAGAGAAACGUCCCUAUAUGCCGCGAAUCGCGACGGAAACGCAAAAGCUUCGUGACGAUGGCGUCGCCGGAGAGUCCGCUCAAAUGCACCACCCAGAUGGUCACCACCUCCCCUCAGAUCCCCAACCCGUCCCCUUCCUUCUCAGACGGCACAGCCCAGCCCGUGGAGUCCUCCCUGGCCUUCCCGUGGACGUUCCCGUUCGGCAUCGACCGGCGGUUCCACUCGGACAAAUCGAAGCUCCCGGAGAGCCCUCGCUGUUUGGAGCAGGGCGCCGCGGGGACCUCGGAGGUGGCGGUCGGCCGGCGGCUCAGUGACUUCCUGACGUGCGAGAGCUCUAAGGUGGUGGUGUCGCCGGUGCAGGCGGAGGAGGACGUGAGGGUGAAGGUGGAGCGCCUCAGCGACGAGGAGGUCCAGGAGGCGUCGUCGCAGCCGGUCAGCGCCUCGCAGAGCUCGCUGAGCGACCAGCAGACGGUGCCGGGGAGCGAACAGGUCCAGGAGGAGCUGCUCAUCAGCCCACAGUCCUCCUCCAUAGGGUCGAUGGAUGAGGGCGUGUCGGAGGGCUUGCCGUCAAUGCAGGGCACCUCGAACACCGGAGGACACGGCGAGGAUGACGAAAGGUUAGAAGGUAUUCAGUAUCCGUACCACCUCUACAUCAGCCCCUCAGCCAGGCCCGGAGCCAACGGCCCCGACAGGCCCUUCCAGUGUCCGACCUGCGGAGUCCGAUUCACGCGCAUUCAGAACCUGAAGCAGCACAUGCUCAUUCACUCCGGGAUUAAGCCUUUCCAGUGUGACCGCUGUGGGAAAAAGUUCACACGGGCCUACUCCCUAAAGAUGCAUCGGCUGAAGCACGAAGGUAAACGCUGUUUCCGGUGCCAGAUUUGUAGCGCCACAUUCACGUCCUUCGGUGAAUAUAAGCACCACAUGAGGGUCUCCCGACACAUAAUCCGCAAGCCGCGGAUUUACGAGUGCAAAACGUGCGGGGCCAUGUUCACCAACUCUGGCAAUUUAAUUGUACACCUGAGGAGUCUGAACCAUGAGGCGUCCGAACUAGCAAACUACUUCCAGAGCAGUGAUUUCCUCGUGCCCGACUACCUGAGCCAGGUACAGGAGGAGGAGGAGGCGCUGGGAGUCCAGUAUGAGCUAGAGGAGUCCGAGCACCACCCCGUCUACCCGGGCAGCACCUCCACCACCGCCAACGCCAACGCCGCCGCCGCCGCCUCGUCCUCCUGCUCCAUCCAGAUGCCCGUCAUCUCCCAGGUCUCCUCCUCCACACAGAACUGCGAGAGCUCCCCCGGCUUCCUCUCGCCCGAGCCCCUGGACCCCCUGGAAGCCCCCGCCUCCCUGAAGAUGGACGCCGACCAGACGGCUGCCACCACGACGGGGGAGACCAAGAUGGACGACGGCGUGGGAGGCAGCUCCCCGGAGGCGUUUGAAGACGAGCAGCAGCAGCAGCGGCGGCUCGGCCCGGCCAAGGAGCUGGCUUCCAUCACCAUCGAGUGAUGCCGAGCCUUCGUCUUGGCCCGCGUGUGGUUGUGCAGUCAUGUCAUAUGGGGAAGGUCCGUUUGGCGGCUAAAACAGGGACAACUUGGACACGUUGGAAAAAAAAGAAAGUUUGUCUGAAAACGCUGCGGUUGAAGCCUUGAUGAUGAUUUUUCUUUUUCUUUUCCACACGCAGCAACACAGAUGCACUUAUUUGCGUUCACGUUUUAAAAACCAAAUCCAGCAAAGAUGAAUAGAUACAUUGUUGUUUCUUUUAAAUGAUUUGAAGAGAGAGUUGUAUUAUUUCCCAUAUGACCUGAAUGCAGCACUAGCUAAAGUCGUUUCUGUCUUAGCCAAAAUUCGAGGUCUGUUCAAUCUAAAGCCGUGCCCUACUUUUGGAAAGUGCCUGAGAGUUCCCGUUGUAACCAAGCAACGAGUAUUUGGAGGGAUGAAGAGGUCUUGACUUUGUCGACGUUGACAAAUCAAGUCUUUUGCAAACUGAGCUACAGAGAGAAAAAAAAACUCCAUAGUAUUUCAUUUGUAGUGAUACUGCUUGUUUGUUUGGGCAGAGAACUGUGUUACUCCUUCAGUGCCGUCGCUCUAUGGCAAACUGUUAAAUGUCAAUAUUAUCUAUAUUGCAAUAGCUUGUACUGUAGUUUUACUAUUUGAAUGCUGUGUAUGUUGGGUGUUGUGACAAUAUGACAUGUCAGGUGUGUGUAUGUGUGCAUUUCUUUUCUUUUUUUUAUCUAUAUGAACACAGUACUUUUAAUUUUUUUUAAUGUUUUAAAACUUGAAAUGAUAUUGACAGAGUAUUCCCUUAAAGACGUUUGUGCAGUAUAUUCAUUUUUGUGUUUAUUUUAAAUGAACACAAACCUUGCAACUCCAAAAAAGGCUAAUUAUUGGAUCAGCACUAAUGCAGCUUUUGUUUAAAAAUCCAAACAAGUACAUAAAUAAAUGACAAUAAAAGGCUAAAAAUGUAAAGAAUUCCUAAUUUGGAGUAACAAGGUUUUGUUAUUUUCCCAGAUGGGCUCUACGAUACGGUGAUGUAGCAUUGCUUAUGAAAUGUUCAGUUUUAAAGUCAGUUUAUGUUCUGAAUAUUGAAAUCUCACAUCGCUUUUCAAGUUUUUGUUUGUCCAUAUUUUUAUUUCCGGUACACUGCUGAUAAUCUGAGAUAGUGCAUGACUGUUGAAAGUGAUGUUUCACUUUAGGUACAACACGAUUGUCUUUUUUUUUUUUAAACCUUUUGUGAUUGAUACACCGAGUGUGUAUUAACCAGCAGUAUUCUGUUUUUUGUUCACUUUAUUUACAUAAAUUGUCACAAAAGGGGGAAAAAACUACAUUGUGAAAAACUAAAAUUACAAAAAAAAAAUGUCUGCAGAGCGGGAGAAGCAGGAAGUGAUGCAAACAGAUUGGGAUUGCUAUCUGUGAUGGCCAGUUUACAGGUGGAUCUGGGUGGCGUGUGAUUCACGGUGCUUUAAAAGCAACGGGAGCAUGCUAACGAGUGAAUGCAAAAUACUGUGAGUUAAAUCAUUAUAAAUGAUAAAUAUAUAUAUUGUGUGUUUAAGGAGAGAGCUUAUCCUUUCACUGCAAACUGAUUGAGCACAGUUUUGGCUUCAGAAGUUACUAAUUUCAUUUCCUUCUUCUUUUUUUUGGGUCAUUCUUCCAGCUCCUAAAUGUGUCGUUGCCAACAUGGUUGUAAUUGUCUACUUGGACAUUGUUGUGCCUGUUUUUUUUGUUGUUUUUUUGAAGAUAAUGACACCCGUGGUAAUAACCCAUGAGUUGAAUGCUACUGACUGUGAUGGGCGUGUUGUUUAUCGGUUCAUUUCCUGUCGCCACCCCCCCAUGAAAGUAGUCCAAACAGCCCACAUUAAGGAUGAUCACAGCAGGAUGUAGGACCUCACAUACAGGGUUGAUUGUAAAUGUAAAGAUGAAUAUAUCGCUGCGAUGGGAGAAUCAAUAUUAGCUGAUGAAAUUAGAUGAAAUUCACUGAGUUGUGCCAUUUUUUUCGUUUUAUCCGGGGACAAAUCAUGCUUUCCUCCUCCUACAGGACCAAAUGUUCUCUGUCUCAUUGGGGAUUUGCCAUGGCAAUCAGUAAUUGCACAUACUAAAAGAGAGAUAAUCAUUUCUAAGUGGUCCACGCUAAUUAGCAAAAGGGGUCCUGCUGUUUUUAGCCCCUUAGAAUAAACAGAAACACUGUAUACGAUGUUGUGCAUUUAAGAGGCUCGCCUUAGUAAACGGACCUAUCAACUCUAGUUGCACAAUAUCAGAAAUUAAAACUAGUUUUUUCUAUUCUCCAUUUAUAGGUCAUUGCUUUUUCAUCAUGUGUCGUGUGAUCGGUGUCUGUAUUCCAACAACGUUUUUUAUAAUGAAAAUGCUGCUGUUUGUUGAAAAACGCAAAAGUGCCCAAAAUAUUUUUGUGAACCAAUGGUUGUGCAAUAAAUGGACAGUCGUCGUUUUAAAAGAUUUCAUUUCGUCUUUGGAAUGGUGAAUUAUAUAUAUUAAAAAAAAACAGAAUGUAUAAUUUAGUUUAAAUGUGAUUGAAGGUGAAUCAAAUAGGCAAAGGACCCCGUUUGAUCUGUGAAACGAGGAACGGAGCUUGGGUAUCAAACGUCCGGUUCUGCUCCGCUCCUCUCUGUUGGUUCUCUAGAGUUGCAUGUUCAUAUCGUUCUGUGAAGUGGAGAGAGCAUGAGUUCUGUCGAGGCCUUAUCUGUUCCAUGGUUCUCCAUCCAGCGUCGCUCCGGUCUGUUGUUCAGCAUGGCCCUCUUCUUUUCCUGUACGUUUAUCCCUUUUUUCUUUUUAAUGUGCAAGGUUUUUGAAAUAUCUUGAUUAUUAUACAGGACAUGCCUUUUCAAUGUACACUUGAUGUUGUAUAUGUUUUCCAGUCCUUCUGGUUUAUUUAAAAGUAGGAGAAAAUAUAAGAUAAAACACAUGGUAGCUCUUCAUAAUGGCAUAUAUAUAUAUAUAUAUAUAUAUAUAUAUAUUUUUUUUUUGGUGACUUUUUGUAUUAUGGUUGCUGUUUCAUGGCAUCUUUGGAUAUUCUUGUUAAAUGUGAACAGAACAGCUUAGUUUGGGAGCAUUGGGGGCCUUGGUAGUCUUCACUUUGUGACUGUCUGCAGUGUGUGUAUAUAUAUAUAAAUAUACAGUAUAUACACUCAUAAUAUGUUGCAUAUUCUUUAUACUGUAGGCUACUUGAUUACAACCUGCUUUGAGACAGAUGUUGUAUUUUGUGUCUUUGAUACUGUAUUUAAACUGUAGUUUGGAGAAACUGUACAAAAACAUCCCAGAUAGUAAUGCGACCUGCACAUUGUAUCGGGAGAACCGACGUUUGUGGUGUUGAGUGUUUUAACUGGAUCAUGUUCCACAGUUGGCUGUUAAAAACUGACAAGACCACUCUGUAUUUUAGAGUUUAUGGUUGUUUCUGAAUCUUUGCUAGUGUUCUGGCUUUGCAGUCCUGUUAUUAAAAAAAGAGAGUUGUUUUUGUAAAAGUAUAAAAUGUAAAUAAAAAAAAACUA